AUGCAGACUCGGAAAGAACCGUGUUUCCAGUUCUCUGUACCCUUGCGUCAGUCCCAAGCAAUUGACGGAAAGAAUGUCAAGUAUGUCGUUGCCCCGUACGGAUCUCUCACUUACACCAAGAAUGAUCGGGGAAAGCUGCUCCCUAAGGCCCAGACCCAGAAUGGGCAUGCUCGACUGGUUGAGAACUGGGGCUCUCCUGUCGAAAUGAUGGACUCCGAUUGCCCUCUGUGCAGGUUGUUUGCCUUUCAUGCCUGCGACUACCAAUUCGUCAACGGUCCCAUGCAAGGCCGGUCUUACGAUCUUUGCCAACUCAGCGUCAAAGUCAAGCAUUGCCGACCACUCAAUCGCAAGCGUGUGACCUCGGUCGCGAAUUUCUGGUACCUUGAUCCUACAGCGGGCAGCCCUCGAUCCAGCUCCAACGGGCAUGGUAUUCUGUGCCCAGUCCUGAUUGACCCCAGUACCGUUGACUAUUCUUCGAUACGGACAUGGCUUUCGGACUGCCGAGGUAACCACGCUGAGGAAUGUAAUCUUCAACCUUCUGAGAUCUUGCCUUCUUUGCAAUUGAUUGACUGUUUGGCGUUUCCACCAGAGGUAGUCCAAGCGCAACCUCAGCACAGAUUCGUCGCUCUGAGCUAUGUAUGGGGCGUCGGAGGUGUCGGAUCUCAAUUUUCAGGCGAUAGUCUCAUCUGGAGGCUAUUGCCCCGUACAAUCCGAGACGCUAUCGUGGUCACGACCCAGCUCGGAUUUCGUUACCUGUGGGUCGACAGAUAUUGCAUCCCCAAAGCGAGAACGCAAGAGCAGAUUGGCAAGAUGGAUAUCAUCUACGCUGGUGCGGAGCUCGUGAUUGUUGCAGCUGCUGGCGAUACUAUCGAAUACGGUCUACCUGGAAUUGGAGAGAGGAAGCGUAUACAGCAGCAGCCUUAUGCACGGAUUGGCAAGGAUCUGUUUGCCUCCACUCUUGGUGAUUUCAACUCCAUAGGCCUACACGCCAUGCCCUGGUCGACGAGAGCAUGGUGUUUCCAAGAAGCCUUGCUAUCUCGCAGGCGCCUGGUUUUCACGGACGACAAAGUUUACUUCUUCUGCCGCCAGAUGCUGUGCAUCGAGACACUGAGUUUGCCGUUUCACAAUCCGCAAGAUAGGCCCCUUACGUCUCGGGUAAAUGCCUCCACCGAUUUCUACAAGUGGCUCACCACAAGGCGCCUUCCGAGCGGGAACCCAGAGCAGAUCUAUGACAUACUGACAGAGUACUCGACGAAGGAUAUGACAUAUGAGUCCGAUGGCCUGAAUGCCAUUGUCGGUGUGCUACGUGCUUUCUCAAAUUCCGACGGCAAAGUCGAAUUCAACAGCUAUGCAGGCCUCCCCCUACUUGGUCGCCCAACUCGAAAAGCCUUCUUAUCCGCACUUCUGUGGUCGACUCAUACACCAAAGAAGAGAAGAUCAGGCGGUUUGCCAAGCUGGUCCUGGGUUGGGUGGACGGGCUCCUUUCGUCGCGAUCGGGGUCUCAGAAGUGUUGAUGACGAUAUUCGGGUACGUUUAGUCAAGCAGGAUGGUUGCAUAUUAAGCUGGAAAGAUUUCGUAAAGUCGGGCUUGUUGAAGGGGAAUCCAUUCCCACUAUCAAGAUAUAUCGAGCUCCUUGUGCAGACCACUUUCGUGCACAUCGAGUACGUUGCCACGAGUCGGAUCCAAGGUGGCGGAGGCUACGUUAUCCCUCUACAGCAUUUCGACGGCGGGAAGGCGCGAUAUGCGAAAAUAUCACUGGACUUCGCUCAAACAUCUUCCCCCAAACUGGGCGAUGAAUCCCAUGCCACAAUCGUCAACAGCCCGACCAAGUGUAUGAUGCUCAUUCCACCGGAUAAUCACCAGAAGCUCUACGGGGUAGGUAUACUGCUGCGCCCCGUUGGGGGGGUCUUUGAGCGGUUUGGAACAGUCGGAUUCGCCUACAAUGGGGAUGUUUGGGAUGCUGAUGGGAACUAUGACAGCCUCCUGGUGGACACUGACCCGAAGGCGACGAUCGAAGGCCUCGAUCUGAAACGAGAAUGGAUCCGUCUUGGGUGA